AUGUUUAUCGGUGGUCUGAACUGGGAAACUACUGAUCAAUCCCUUCGUGACUACUUCUCUCAAUUCGGCGAGGUUCAAGAAUGCACUGUUAUGCGCGAUAGCGCUAGUGGUCGCUCUCGUGGCUUUGGCUUCUUGACAUUCCGUGACCCAAAGACCGUCAAUACUGUUAUGGUGAAAGAACACUAUCUGGAUGGAAAGAUUAUCGAUCCUAAGCGUGCCAUUCCUCGUGACGAGCAAGAGAAGACAUCUAAGAUCUUCGUGGGUGGUGUUAGCCAGGAGGCAACUGAGCAGGACUUCAAGCAUUUCUUCAUGCAGUUUGGACGCGUUGUGGACGCCACUCUUAUGAUUGACAAGGACACCGGUCGUCCUCGUGGAUUCGGUUUCGUGACAUUUGACAGCGAGGCUGCCGUCGAGAAGACCCUCUCUCGUCCUCUGGACAUCCUGGGAAAGCCCAUUGAAGUCAAGAAGGCUCUUCCCCGCGGUAACCUGCGUGACAACAACGAUCAGCGUGGUGGCCAGCGCAAUGGAGGAUUCCGCGAUCAAAACCAGAAUGAUGGUCAGCAGCAGGCCCCUCAGCAGGGACAGGGUAGCUCCAUGACCCCUCAGAUGAUGGCUCAGUACUGGCAGCGGAUGCAGCAAUACUUCACCAUGAUGCAACAGACGAUGGCCCAGGGCCAAGGAAUGCCUGGAAUGGGCAUGAACCCAGCCAUGAUGAACCCCGCCAUGAUGCAGCAAAUGCAGCAAAUGCAGAUGCGCCAGCAACAGCAGAUGGGCAACCAGCAACAGGGUGGCAUGAGUCCCAAUUCCCAGAGCCCCGGGCCCCAGCAGGCCAUGCCAAACAUGAUGAACCCUGCUAUGAUGCAGCCCAAUCAGGGUAGCGGCCCUGCCGCCGCAGCUGGAAACGACACCGCCAGCCCCGGCCCUAACGCUGCCGCCAUGGCUGCUUCCCGCCAGCCCGGACCCGGCUAUAACGCACAUGAACAACUUGCAUUCGAGCAGCAGAAGUAUGAACAGCAGCAGGCUCAUCGCACUAUGGACCCUCGCGGUUUCUCCCCUUACCAGCAACAGGGAGGCCCUACCUCUUGGGAGGGAAUGUACGAUGAAGUCCCUCAGCCCCACGCUCCAGGUGGACCUUCAGGAUCUACCCCUCAGCCCCAGAGCGCGGCUCCCGCCAAUGCCCCCACCGGCCCCCGUAACGCUGGCAAGCCUGGUGCAAACUACCGUGGCGGUGGUCGUGGGGGUGGUGGUCACCGCGGUUACCACCCCUACCAGCGCUAA